GCAGGGUUGUUGAAAUCAAAUUUAGGGACUUUACUGACGGGACUCUGGGCUGGCUGCUCUGUUCACUCGUCAGCGCAAGUGGCGUGACCAUGUAAUUGGGGCACGGGGCCGGCGCGGCGCGCUGCGGGCUUGCAGAAUUUUGUUUGUUUGUUUGGCCGCACGCUGGCGCAGCCACGGGCCGCAGUUACUGGGGCGCGCUGUCGUAACAAGCCGCGCGGUGUGGCCUGCACAUUGGGGUAGAGGGGGGGGUAGUCUUCCCAGAUGUUCUAGUUAGUUGUUUAGUAAAUUUGACUUCAAUAACGAGCUUUUGUUAUGGUAGGCGCGGCAGGGCGCGCGAAUUUAAGCGCAAGUGAUUGGUGACUCGGGGCUCACUCAGGCGGAGGCUAUGCGUCUCACCUGUGGUCACGAGUUGUUAGUUCGUUCGUGAUGUAGGAAUUCAGGCUCACUCAGGCGGAGGCUAUGCGUCUCACCUGUGGUCACGAGUUGUUAGUUCGUUCGUGAUGUAGGAAUUCAAGCUUUCGGGCGGAAGCUAUGGUCGACGCCAGAGGCCACGAGUCGUUUAAUUUAAGUUAGGUCAUAAUGUAGUCGUCAAGCUUUCGGGCGGAGGCUAUGGCCCUCGUCAGGGGUCACGCGUCAUAGUUUUUAAAAUGUAAUGUUCGUUCGGGAUUUCAAGGGCAGGAGAGGCCCCUACGUUAUUUUUUUAAAGUAAUCGAUCAAGAAAGGCUUUUCGGAAAAUGUGAGUAUGGACUUAUCUUUGUUUUAAUUUUAAGUAUUAAUUAUGAUUUGAGGUAUUCGGAAGGACUAGGGAAGUGUUUAGUGAAGUUCUCUCAUUCUCUCUCUUGUAAGGUCGUUCAAUCGUUAAGGAAGUAAAGAGAUUAUUGUUUUAAAUUGUAAUCCUGCUAUUUAAAUGUUCUUUAAAAUGAUGUUGAGUAUUUGACUUUAAGAAUAAAAUAAUUUUAAUUAAGUAUUAUGUUAUUUUGCAAAAUCUCCUUAGUUCAGCUCUCACCAGACAUCCUGUACGGGAUGACGAACCUAUGAUCCUAGGUACAGUAAAGUAUUUUAUGAAGUUAAGACUAGUUGAUGCCAAGCGAGUUGUUUCUAUGUAAAGAGCUACGAUUCUCGCCCCCCCCUCUGAAGGUGGAUCGUGACAGAAAUGGCGGUGGCACCGGCUAGGUGUUCGUGACAGAAAUGGUAGAGUUCGCCGGAUAGGUUCUAUUUCUGGAGAGAGAGAGAGGUAGAUUUUUAUGUUUAUUAUUAAGUUAGUUUCAGCUUCUGAUAGCAGGUUAUUAAGAGUUUACUUGAGGAGAGGAUUACGGAAUUUUAGUCUAUAGUGGAGGAAGUCUUUGAGAUUUUUUUUUUGACGUAACAGAUGUUUAUUUGAGUAUACUUGUAAGGAUAAAGUUUAUAGUGAUAAGUUGUUUUAAGUCGUUGAGUUUAUCAGGGAUUUUUACGUGAGGAGAAUACGUUAUAAUUUAAAUGAUUAAUAGAGAUAAUGCAAGUGGUUUAAUUUAAUUGAAAUUAAUUUUAAGAUUGUAGGUUAAGAGAGUUAAAAUUUAAAAUAAAGUUUUUUUCGUAAAUAGGAAUUAUUUUCAAGAGAAGUUUGUUUUGUUUUCGUGCGCGUAGGAGACGAGACGUACGAAUUAAAUCAGUCGAGGGAAGGAUAAACGUUAGAAAGGAAUUAAAGAGAAAACGAGAGUUUAUGUAAAAGAGAGUUAUAGAAUUUAUAGUGAUGUUUUGUUUUAAUUAGAAAAAUGUUGAGAGUUGUUUCAGAACGACACGUCAGUGGACGUGGCAGAGUGAACACGUGACGGGGAGGUGCUGAGACCUAGCGGAGAACGGAGGAACCGCAAGCGAGGGUUGGCGCACCUGAUGGAAUUCGGUGACGUCACGGGCUCAUACGGAGACGUGGACAGGCCGUGACCUUGUUUUGAUCAGCUGUACGGUAACUUAGCGAUAAGAAAAUAGACUAUUGGUUAAAUAAAUUUAAAUUUAAGUGUGUUUUAGGAGAAGAGGAACUUUCAGUAUAUUCCUUAAGAUGAGCUGAGCAGCAGUCCAGUUUACAAGAUGACAAGAGUUCGAGAGACAAGAUACAAGAUCACUGAAACAAGAGCCAAGACUGAAGAUACAAGAGAAGAGAAAGCUGGCAGCCAUGGACUUACAAGUGGAGAUUAAUAAGGUCAUGUAAAGUUUUAUUUUUUUAUGGAAGACAGUAACUGGAGUUUUUUUGUUAUAAACAUUAUUUACAGAACUUUUUAGGUUAUAGUAAUGUAAUGGAACUAGUGAGUUGUGGUAGCUGUCAAAAAGAACUAAUACCUUAAGUUUAAUUUUUAAAGUUAAUUUUCUUAAUUUACAGAGGGAUUAGUAGUUUUUUUUAAACCUUAUUUAGGUUGGAAUUUAAAUACAAUAGCUUAUUAUAAAUGUGUACGAACAGUUCAAGUUCACAGUACUGAUAGGUAGGUCAGAUGAUCUUAUUGAUUUUGAUGAUUUGUUGUUUUGAGUUGAUUUUUAAGUGUUGUGAAUUAGACAAUGAAAUAGUUCUGAAAACUUAAAUUAUUUCAAGCUAAGAAAUAGUAAAUUUAAUUGUAACUCGAAGGACACCAGAAUUUACUUUUUUUUGAAUUAGUAAUGUUUGAAAAUUUUAUACUUUACAAGAAAGGUUAUAAACAAACAGAUCGGAUGGAACAAGGAUGCAGUAAAUCACAAUUUCAUUUAGAAUUAUUGAUUAGCUUUUGAGGUUAUGAAGUAAAAGUAAUUAUAGUUUAAAAGUUUGAAUAAAAAAAAAAUGUUUUUUUUUAUUUGUUUGAAAUAGAAAGUUUAAAAGUUAAUUAGUCAUGAUCUAGGUGGGUGAUGGGGUGGGAAUUGGCCACUCUUUUUCCCUAUAACCUCCCUAACAUGGCCUUCUAUUACAACUAACAGAAAUAAAGAAGAAGAAAAAUGAAGAAUUAUUAGUUAGAAUGUUUCUUUCAUGAAGAUACCUGAUGAACUUUUACUGUUUGGAAGAAUAGAAGCAAGGUUAGUCAGAUAUUUUUACUCAGAAGAAGAAGAAGAUAAAGCAGUUUUAUGACUCGACAAGCCAGAGAUUGGUGUUUCCCCUCUGCGCUUCUAUUGACUACGUUGUUUACUCUCAUGGGAUAGCUGGUUCGGCACCAUGGAGAGAGAUUGGUGGGCAUUGUGGUUGCCCCCAGAAGAAAAGAAGAGUAGAAGAGGUUAUGGGUGGGUCAUGUGAACUGACCUUCAACCCAGUUACUUCGUGGGGACUAUUUGCUGUAUAGAGAAGAUCAAGACUCAAGAGUUAGGGAAAAUCAUUGGAGGUCAUGUUUCCCUUCCUUAAGUUUUUCCUAUCAAAUUAUUUGCCUGAUUAGAUUAUGCUAAGGGUGGGAUACUUUAUGUUAGCAGUUGAAUUAAUUAAUUUUAUUUUUUUGUGUGUUUGCAUCCUUGCCCAUCGAUUGCAGUUUAGUAGUUAGUUUUGUAUUUGUCAGGCGUGAUGGUAAUGCCUGUUGAUGAUGUUUCAGAAUUGUAAUCUGUUCGUGAUGAGGAUGGCACAACUCCGAAGCAGAUGUGGGGAGAAGUUGUGAGCUGCCCUGGAAGCCAGUCCAGUAGCUGUUGAAGUUGAGUGGUGUUUGCUGAUGGCCAGCCCAGGGAGCUACUCUUCUCGACAACACUGACUUCGAGGAGUUGCACCAACCUUCACGAGAUAAGAGUUUAAUUAAUUGAAACACUGUAAGGACACUUAAUUUUUUUUGAAGAACGAAAGAAGUAUGGUAAUAAACGGAAACCGAAAAAAAAAAAAAAAUAAUAAUUAUCAAGAAUUUGCACAUUGUUUAACGAAUACUGAGAAACUAAGAACAGUAAUUUAAUUUGUAAAGAGAGCUUCACUAACAGAACAAUUUUUUUAGAAUUGAGAACUCGAGCCUCUGAAGGUUCCUGUGAGAACAAACCAGAUAAAAGUUUUACAUUUAAUUUUAUGAAUACUUGUUGUUUUAAAAUAAAUCUUAUGCAGAAUCUAGAUGUAUGUUCAGACAGCAAGGAACUAAGAAAAUUAUUAUUUUUGUGAAAUGAGGAAUUUAUAGUUAUGGUUUAAUGGAAAAAGACAAUUUGUAAUUUUGAGGUAGCUCGAUGGGGCUCGAGCUCUGUGAGGGGAGGGUUAUGUCGCGGGUUGAAAUUUUGCAGGGUUGUUGAAAUCAAAUUUAGGGACUUUACUGACGGGACUCUGGGCUGGCUGCUCUGUUCACUCGUCAGCGCAAGUGGCGUGACCAUGUAAUUGGGGCACGGGGCCGGCGCGGCGCGCUGCGGGCUUGCAGAAUUUUGUUUGUUUGUUUGGCCGCACGCUGGCGCAGCCACGGGCCGCAGUUACUGGGGCGCGCUGUCGUAACAAGCCGCGCGGUGUGGCCUGCACAUUGGGGUAGAGGGGGGGGUAGUCUUCCCAGAUGUUCUAGUUAGUUGUUUAGUAAAUUUGACUUCAAUAACGAGCUUUUGUUAUGGUAGGCGCGGCAGGGCGCGCGAAUUUAAGCGCAAGUGAUUGGUGACUCGGGGCUCACUCAGGCGGAGGCUAUGCGUCUCACCUGUGGUCACGAGUUGUUAGUUCGUUCGUGAUGUAGGAAUUCAGGCUCACUCAGGCGGAGGCUAUGCGUCUCACCUGUGGUCACGAGUUGUUAGUUCGUUCGUGAUGUAGGAAUUCAAGCUUUCGGGCGGAAGCUAUGGUCGACGCCAGAGGCCACGAGUCGUUUAAUUUAAGUUAGGUCAUAAUGUAGUCGUCAAGCUUUCGGGCGGAGGCUAUGGCCCUCGUCAGGGGUCACGCGUCAUAGUUUUUAAAAUGUAAUGUUCGUUCGGGAUUUCAAGGGCAGGAGAGGCCCCUACGUUAUUUUUUUAAAGUAAUCGAUCAAGAAAGGCUUUUCGGAAAAUGUGAGUAUGGACUUAUCUUUGUUUUAAUUUUAAGUAUUAAUUAUGAUUUGAGGUAUUCGGAAGGACUAGGGAAGUGUUUAGUGAAGUUCUCUCAUUCUCUCUCUUGUAAGGUCGUUCAAUCGUUAAGGAAGUAAAGAGAUUAUUGUUUUAAAUUGUAAUCCUGCUAUUUAAAUGUUCUUUAAAAUGAUGUUGAGUAUUUGACUUUAAGAAUAAAAUAAUUUUAAUUAAGUAUUAUGUUAUUUUGCAAAAUCUCCUUAGUUCAGCUCUCACCAGACAUCCUGUACGGGAUGACGAACCUAUGAUCCUAGGUACAGUAAAGUAUUUUAUGAAGUUAAGACUAGUUGAUGCCAAGCGAGUUGUUUCUAUGUAAAGAGCUACGAUUCUCGCCCCCCCCUCUGAAGGUGGAUCGUGACAGAAAUGGCGGUGGCACCGGCUAGGUGUUCGUGACAAUAUUUCUGGCAGUUUAUUUGGGAAGCAAUCAUGUAUCUAUGUAAGCCGUGAGCGAGUCUCAUGUUGCAAAUACACUUAGGGCCCUGACACACGAGCGACCGAGUCGCGCGACUGAGACGCGCGACUCGGUCGCCGGGAAAUCGCUUGCCAUAAGAUAGCAUGGGCGUGGGUGAGAACCUGGCACACGGGCGACUGAGCGCGUCUCCAUCGCGCGUCUGUCGCCAGCAGACGCGAAUCCCCGCGACAGAUCGCGGCGACCAGUCGUGCGGGAGCCUUGCACACGGGCGACUUUUAGCCGCGCGUCCGAGCGACUGUCGGUCAGUAUCUGGUUGUAUGUGCUGGCGAGGAAGAUGGCGUUCGAUUGUGACCGUUUUAUAAUCGAAAUAGAAUCAAGGCCAGCUAUUUGGGAUUCCAGAUGUGAUGAGUAUGCUAACAAAUGCAAAAAGGGAAAGGCAUGGGAAGAGGUGUGCGAUAUGUUCGUUGAGAACUUCAAAGCCAUGGAUAGCGUCCAUAAAAAUAAAGCAGCUGCAGAUCUGCAACGGAAAUGGAAGAAUCUACGUGACUGUUUCAGAAGAGAACUGGCUAAACAGAGGAAUUGUAAAUCAGGUUCUGCAGCAGAUGGCAGGAAACAAUAUAUAUAUUUCCAGCAGUUAACUUUCCUAUUGCCAGUAUGCGACACCAAACCUACAACAGAAGAAUCUCCAGACUUGCACACGCAAGCCACACCCGCAGCAGCUACAUCUACGGCACCUACUUCUCUUAAAAGAAAAAAACCGUCACCAGAAACAGAAGAACUUGAGCUACUUCAGUCGCUUAGAAGAAAUAUGGAAAAACGACAUGCAGGUAGAGAAGAAGAAGACAGUGACAGGCAUUUCUUGUUGAGUCUUUUGCCGUACUUCAAACGUCUGCCAGACGAUAUGAAACUUGAAGUUCAAAGCGACUUUUUAAACACCUUAAGAAGGUACAAUCAGGUGUCAAUUUCUGGUCAUCGAUGUCCUUCUCAGACUUCUGUCUACCCUCAUUCUUCUCCAUCAGUGAUCACAGGCCCAUCAUUUGUUUCGCUUCCAUACCCUAGUAGUAAUACAAGUACCUCUGGAGUACGCAACCAACAAUUUACACCCACCAUCAGUCAGUCUUACAACUACGGGUCUCAUUCAACUUCAGAAACAUCGCAGUUAAUGAGUCAACCCCAGCAGCCGCUGCAAUGCCACGCCUUAUCACCAAUGUCACCAGCAGCUUCCUCAUCAGUAUCUCUCCAGUCUGAUACGUCAAGUAUUUGUGAAGACUAUUUUAACUGAUACCUAAUAAAUUAUAAGACAUGUGACCUUCAUGGAAAGAGCAGUUUCAGUGAAUAACAAAUAAAUAUGUUAUCUAACAAUUUUCUUCUAAAUUUAUGAAAGAAUUUAUUUUCGUGUGCAAAACGAUAAACAUUUAUGUGUUGGAUCUUUGAGACAAUAUCGUGUCACGUAAUAAUAAAUGUUACUUAUUUGGGGUAUGUUCAGAAAAUGUUUUUUUUUUAAUAAUAUGAUAAUAAAUGCUUCAACUAUACCCUUAAAAUACAUGUAACUGUCUAAUUAAAUUAUAAUUUCAGCCGUAGCCAAACACAUUUCACUCCUGUGUUCCUUGUACAACUAUGAAAUGAACUAUUUGUCUGCUUAUACAAGUGUACCCACCUUAAUGUAAUUGCAAGUCUCUCUUCAGCAGGGAUACUUCUUCUCGUACUUGUGUCAACUUUUUCAAUGUGAAUUUUCAGUACAUCCAGAAGAUCCGAGAAAGUACUCCGAGACAUUCUGAAAUAGUUAAAAUAUUUCGAAUUGUCUUCUUUUAGCUCACUCAUAAUCGUAUAAAACUGGCCCCUUGCUAAGCGGUCUGCAGUUAUUGGGUGCAUCCAUAGUACACGUUGCCUGCGACGACGCCGGCGCCGACGGCAACGACGCCUUAGGACAAUGCCAAGAACUGUUUCUUCGUCGGUGUCCAUAUUCACAGUGAAGAGUGUGUCGCGUGAACCUGGCACACGAGCGUCUCGGUCGCGCGGCUGAGUCGCUCU